CAUCCCACUAAGCCAGAGCAUCGAAGUUUCUCUCUUCGCAUACUCAGCUUCCUCGAACCUUCCUCGUUUGUCUUACGAGCUUGCAUCUUCGAGGGAGGUCGUGAAAUAACUCUAGCCCUUGCCUUCGAAAACAAGAAGAACUUCCUCUAUCGAUUCUUCGAAUCUCUAGCAAAAUCCCAGCCCUAACCCUAACCCUAAUCCGAUCUUUCUAUUCCGCUGCCAUGAGAUCUCGAUCGACUCCCAGCCGGGAAUCCGACACCGUCGGGAGGCCCGCCUCCUUCCACGGCCGCAUUCCGGGGAAACCCGACACGCCGCCCAAGCUUCGACGGCCGGAAAGCCAUCCGGAGCUACUCCGGCGAAGGGGCGCUGUCGCCGGGAACCCGAUCUCGCCGGAGAACAGCAGCCAGAGACUGACGAAGCUUCUUCUCAACGUUACGGUACAGCGGAGCUUGGGGCCGGUUCACGUCGUGAUGUCGCCGGAAAGUACCGUCGCCGACCUGAUAAAAGCGGCUUUGGAGGUUUACGUAAAGGAAGGGAUGCGGCCAUUGCUGACGCAGACGGAUCCGCUGGGAUUCGAGCUCCAUUACUCGCAGUUUAGCUUGGAAAGCUUGAAUUCGAAAGAGAAGCUGGUAGACCUGGGAUCUCGCAAUUUCUUUCUUUGUCCGAAGGCGAGUUCAGUGAAUAAUACGUGCUCGAAUGAAGCAACCAAGGCGUCUAAGUCUCCUUUUCCAUCUUUAAUUAAAUUCAUGGAUUUCUUGCCUUAAAAGUUUAUUUUUAUUAUUUUCAUUUUCUCUGUCUAUCUAUUCAUCAUUGCCUCAUUAAAAAGCUCUAAAAUUCAAGGUAAUGGAAUCUGUGUUUACGUCAUGCAUUCGCACGUGGGGUUUUAGUCGACCGUUGGUGCACAUGUACAUUGUAUGUAUCUUCUAUCUACAUUGGAAAUGUAUGUCUCGGAUAUUGUAAGAUACCCUUGGCUGCAAUUAAAGCUGUGUUUUGGAUA